CGAAACUUAUUGUAAAUCUGCUUCGUAGUCCCGCAGUCUCAAUCUGCACUCGCCGUCACUUCCUUAACAUCCACAGACCACAGUAAAGCACUUACAUAACCUCAUGCCCGACGUUGUGGACACCAUCCAACCGCUGAGCACCGCCACAACGGUUGCACUCAGCUCGAAUCCAAGCGAGCGGGAGCCAGACUCGACGAACACGCAACUGAAGCAAGGACAGAAAAUCGUCGCAGACAUUCGAGCACGCGAGAUUAGCGCGUCGGCCGCCGUGUUGGGGAGUUGCAUGCCCGAGAGUCAUUAUCGAAACGGCCAAGACAAGAUGGUGCAGUUCACUGGUCUCUAUGUGGUUCGUGGGCCCACGGAGUCCAAGCAUGUGCGCUAUACCAUGGACGUUUCGGUCGCAGAGCUACAGUUACGUGCACGCUGUAUCCAGCGUUUCCAGAGCUUCUUCCUACUACGCAAACGUCUACUUGAGAUCCUCAAGACUUGUCGUGGCCGCCUGCCAUCUCGCAAGAGCACGUUGACUGGAUUCGAGGACGAGUCGUCGGUUUCCGCCGGCGCAGAACUGGUGGAGCUUUUGACUCGCCCUCGCUGCAUCCAGUGCGCCCAAUGCGAGUCAACGUACCAGCAACUGGCUGCGGUCAAGUUCCCACGUCGCACUCUGUUGCCACCGAGUCUUCAGGACGUCCAGGAACGAUCUCAAAUGCUCGAGAUUUUCCUCGACUACUGCGUGCGGAUCGUCUCGGCGUGGCCUGCUUGUCAGCGCAGCAAGCGGUUGUUUGUCGCUACGCUGGGCAAGUUCAUCGGUGUGGAUCUAAAGGCACACCUUGCCAACCAGAAGGAAGUUGGCGUCUCGGAAACUCGUACCACCGAAUCCUCCAGCGAGGUUGUGUACCUGCCUUCGCCACGCGAAGAGAGCGAGAACGUCGGCGACUACGAAGAAGAUCGUCACACGGAACCGAACUUCUCCUUCAUCUCUAACCCGUCCAAGGAAAACGAGGAAGAUGCAGGCAUGGUGCGCUCACUGUCGCAUCGUUAAAGUUGCUGGAAACUUUACGUGUUAGUUGCGUCAAAAGAUAAUUCGCUUUUCCCCAACUUUUUCAUUAUUUUCACUGAUACAAUCAUUUCGAAUCGAUUACUGGCAGCUUUGUAA